AUGGGGAGCAGCAAGAGCAAACCCAAAGACCCCAGCCAGCGCCGGCGCAGCCUGGAGCCCGCCGACAACGCCCUGCUCUCUGUCACAGGUGGAGUCACCACCUUCGUGGCCCUCUACGACUAUGAAUCCCGGACUGAAACGGACUUGUCCUUCAAGAAAGGAGAGCGCCUGCAAAUCGUCAACAACACGGAAGGUGACUGGUGGCUGGCUCAUUCCCUCACUACAGGACAGACGGGCUACAUCCCCAGUAACUAUGUCGCACCCUCAGACUCCAUCCAGGCUGAAGAGUGGUAUUUUGGGAAGAUCACUCGCCGGGAGUCCGAGCGGCUGCUGCUCAACCCCGAAAACCCUCGAGGGACCUUCCUGGUCCGGGAGAGCGAGACCACAAAAGGUGCCUACUGUCUCUCCGUCUCUGACUUCGACAACGCCAAGGGGCUCAACGUGAAGCACUACAAGAUCCGCAAGCUGGACAGUGGCGGCUUCUACAUCACCUCCCGCACCCAGUUCAACAGCCUACAGCAGCUGGUGGCCUAUUACUCCAAACAUGCCGACGGCUUGUGCCACCGUCUCACCAACGUCUGCCCCACGUCCAAGCCCCAGACCCAAGGCCUUGCCAAGGAUGCCUGGGAAAUCCCCCGGGAAUCGCUGCGGCUAGAGGUCAAGCUGGGACAAGGCUGCUUCGGAGAGGUGUGGAUGGGGACCUGGAACGGCACCACCCGGGUGGCGAUCAAGACACUGAAGCCUGGCACCAUGUCCCCGGAGGCCUUCCUGCAGGAAGCCCAGGUCAUGAAGAAGCUCCGGCACGAGAAGCUGGUUCAGCUUUACGCUGUAGUUUCUGAGGAGCCCAUUUACAUUGUCACUGAGUACAUGAGCAAAGGGAGCCUCCUGGACUUCCUGAAGGGCGAGAUGGGCAAGUACCUGCGGCUGCCCCAGCUCGUGGAUAUGGCAGCUCAGAUCGCAUCCGGCAUGGCCUACGUGGAGAGGAUGAACUACGUCCACCGGGACCUCCGGGCCGCCAACAUCCUCGUGGGGGAGAACCUGGUGUGCAAAGUGGCCGACUUCGGCUUGGCGCGCCUCAUCGAGGACAACGAGUACACCGCUCGGCAAGGCGCGAAGUUCCCCAUCAAGUGGACGGCGCCCGAAGCUGCUCUGUACGGCAGGUUUACCAUCAAGUCGGACGUCUGGUCCUUUGGCAUCCUCUUGACCGAGCUGACCACCAAGGGCAGAGUGCCAUACCCAGGGAUGGUGAACCGGGAGGUGCUGGACCAGGUGGAGCGGGGGUACCGCAUGCCCUGCCCGCCUGAGUGCCCCGAGUCCCUGCACGACCUCAUGUGCCAGUGCUGGCGGAAGGACCCGGAGGAGCGACCCACCUUCGAGUACUUACAGGCUUUCCUGGAGGACUACUUCACCUCAACAGAGCCCCAGUACCAGCCCGGCGAGAACCUAUAG